UUCAUAUUAGUAAGACUAGCCCUCUGAAUUGCGGAUAAGGUGGUGACGAGUUCCGAAUUGAGAAUAUCCAGUGGAGAAGAGAAGAAAGAGCAAAAAGAAGAAGAAGAAGAAGAAGAAGAAGAAAUGGAGAACAUAACGGCAAGCGAGGUGGCAGGUUUCGGAGUGGGCACUUUCCUCCUGUGCGCCACCAUUGCCGCCCCAAGAGUAGACGCUUUCAUCUCUGCUUCUCAGCGCAGUUCUCUUGGUAUGUGCAAGAGAUGUGGGAAUCUGAGGAUGAUAGCAUGCACAAAAUGUAAAGGAGCUGGAUUAAUCAGACAAGGCUCACUAUUUGGUUUAAAUCUACUGGACGACUCGAAGCGAAGAUCUACUUCAUGCACAAAUUGUCAAGGCAGAGGUCAUUUUUCCUGCCCUGAGUGCUCUAAUUCAUCUCUUUGAUGAUCCUCAAAUCAUUAAAAAAAAAAUCAUUUUCCUUUAUCAAUUUGUGCUUGAUUUGAGAUGUUUUUUCCUCUAGCGUUUAGCAUGAUAUUGCCUGGUUUGGCCCACUUGUACAGGACAAAGAAGUUCAUAGACUGCUAAGGUACCAAAGAUCUACAAUAUAGUGUUCUUGGUUGUUAUUAUGUUCAUUCACAUCUGAUUCAUAAUUUAAUAUCUUCCAUUAUAAUGGAUGUACUG